AUGCAAACUGAUAUACCAAAAGAUUGCAGUAUUGAAGUAAAUAUACCUUGUGAAGAAAAUAAUACAAGAGGUGCCAAAAAUCCAUACAAUAGUAGACAUAAUUAUAUUCCUGCAGAUCAACCAAAUAAUUAUUCUCUAGUAGCAGAUAUUUUAUUAUAUCAAUCUAAAAAACCAAAAGAUUGUAAAACUGCUGAAAAACAUUCUCAUGAUAAUAUGCUCAAAAAUAUUAUUGCUGAUUGUAAAAUUGAUGCAAAGGGACGAAAUCUUGUCAAUCAUUCAAUGCGUUCAACUGGAAUAUCUUUAUGGAUGUUACUUGGUAUAUCUCAUGCAGAACAGGUGAAUAUUACAGAACACAGGACACUUGCUGACAUUUCUUCAUAUUCAACUUCAACUGUUCAACAAAGAAAAAAAUAA